UUUGUCCUUUGUGAAGCUGUUCUUUCCAUGUCAUUAGAAAGUCUCCAAACCUAUGCGCUUCUAGAUUCCAUUCAGCAGGAAAUAGCACAGGUUGCUCAACAUCGUCGCAAGGAUCUGCCUACUCACGACCUGGUCAAAACCAUUCUGGACUCACUGGAUAUCAUUAUCCAUCGAAGUUACGACCAGCAUACAACUGUUUCCAUUGAAAACGAAGACGACGAUGAAUCGGGUGAUGGGAUGAAAGUCACUUACGGCGAUAUGACCACAGCCAAACGAAUUGCCAGCGGUUGGCUUCUCAAAGUGAUUUCUGGCGAGUAUGCGGAUGGCGACGAUGCAUCCAUGGAUAGAGCAGCUCAUGUUAUGGCUCACUUUUCUGGCCGAGGAGGGGCAGGGGCCAUUACACGCACGUGGCACUUUGAGUACCUGACAAGAGACGGCGAUAAAGACGUGAUGGACAUUAAAGUUCAUGAACCGACUUUCAUUGAGAACGACCUUGGAUUCAAGACAUGGGGUUCGGCACCGCUUCUUGCCAGGAAACUGAUACAGGAAAAUUUGAUACCUGAUAUUGGCGAUGCACGAAUCCUUGAGCUUGGAACUGGCACGGGGAUGGUAGGAUUAAUGUGUGCCGAAUUAGGAGCGCGUGAGGUUUACAUGACUGACUAUCAUCCGAGCGUUCUUAAAAAUGUUGCUGGAAACAUUGAACUGAAUGGAUGCCAAAACGUUCAGAUACAUAAGCUGGAUUUCUUCGAGAUUGCUGGGUUAACACCACGAACAACCCCUAUUGAAGACUGGGAAAAUCAAACAUUUGAUAUUGUCAUUGGCAGCGACUUAUUGUAUGAAAUGGAUCACGCCCUGAGCUUACCGCAUGUGGUAGCCAAGUUCAUGAAAGACGUCUUUCAUUUUCUCAUUCCACUCCGAGCGCGUUAUCAGGAAGAAGUAGUAACGUUUGAGUCCAAAAUGACGGAGCUUGGUUUUACAGCCGUGGUUCAAGAAGACCUGGAAUACGAAGAACAAGAAGCUCAAAUAUCGCAAUAUCGAUACUAUGAAUGGCGACGAUGAUGACACUAAUUUGGUACCUUUUUCAUCCCAUGAUCGAUUCAGCUGAUGACCAUU